GCUCAACAUGACAGAAACUCACACUCUGCGACCGCAAAUAUCUUUCCCCAACAAAUACAUGUGACGGAUACGGUUAAAUGAAGAUGUCUCGGGUAGUUUUCUACACCUAUUUAACUCGGUAAAGGCGGAGAAGUGACUUCACCGUGAUUUCAUCCUGACCUGAGACACCUGUUGCUCCACUUUCGACAAACAGGUGUCACUUCAUACAGGGAGCAGCUCCGAGGUCGAGAGAACACCGAAACUCGGGACUAUUUGUUGAUAUAUUUUCUUUAAAAAAAAUAAUUGAAUUUUAUAGUGACAAUGAAAGUCACAGUAACUUUCGGGGACACAGCAGUGGUGGUUCCCUGUAAAGCCGGAUGGACGGUCCGGGAUUUAAUCGACCAAGCCAGCCGGAGAUACCGCAGGAUUUUGGAACAGCAUGGGGAGAGCGCACUGAAGACCCACCGCUUGGAGUACUUUGAAGGAGGGAUCCUAGACAUGGACGACAUGCUGACUGAUCUAGUGGAGGACAGAGACAAGCUGGUGGCGGUGUUCGAUGUCCAGCGCGGGAGACAGACCGACAGCCCCAGAGACACCAUGUCCAACGGCCACUCCAGCUCAGCCCCCAGCCCGGAGCCCAUCCAGUUCUAUCCCCACCUGCAGCCCCAUGAGUCGAACAGAGGGGAGAUCGAAGUCAACGAGGCCAUCCUCAAAGCCAACACACCUCUGUUGGUGAGGAGCAGCAGUGACUCGGCUCUGGCCCCAUCCUUCGAGGCUCCAGCCACGCCCCCACCUGAUGAUCAUGGAAACGGGUCCCCUGAACCGGAAAUCAACCAUGUACUGAAAGGAGCUGUGGAAAGACUGCGCACAGACGACAUCCCUGCCAGCAUGAGCCGGAUUAACUUCAGCACCCACACAAGGACAGUGGAAUUUCAAUGCAACCGGGGGCCUCUGGGUAUCCAUGUUGUCCCCUACUGCUCCUCUCUUAGUGGACGGACGCUGGGCCUCCUCAUUAAAGGCAUUGAGGAAAACAGUCGCUCCAAGAGAGAGAAUCUCUUCCAGCAGGACGAGUGUAUCGUCAAAAUCAACGACACAACACUCCUGGACAAGACAUUUGCACAGUCACAGGAGGUGUUCCGGCAGGCCAUGUCCUCUCCUUCUGUGCAUCUUGAGGUUGUCCCUGUUGCCAACAAGCCACGCUACGAGAAGAGCCUGAUAGGUCAGCUUUUCACUGGCAACGGUAAAGAGCCCGUGUUGAAAGCAAAGAGUCCAAUGGUGGUCCGUGCUAAAACCGACCAGUCCAAUCAGCCAGAACAACUCAGACAAGACUCCAAAUCAAACGCCAGACUAGAAGUGAGACGACCAGACACGCGUGCCAAGACCCCAGAGCCAGCUGCUUUUAACCCACCACCAGCGGAGCCCCAGCCUGGGUAUGGCUCCUUGGAGAGAGUCUCUCCCACACCUCCUGCCAUGGCAACAAACUCCUCCCCAACACCUAGGACCCGAAGCCAGAGCCCACUGACCAGUAAGAGCCCUGUUGUACCUGGCCUGGCCAACCUCACCAGCAAGAAGGGUGGCAAAAGGAUAAAAAUUGAUCUAAAGAAAGGCACAGAAGGUCUGGGCUUCACCGUGGUAACCCGGGACUCCUCGGUCCACGGGCCAGGACCAAUCCUGGUGAAGAACAUCCUGCAGCGCGGUGCAGCCGUCAAAGAUGGCCGCCUGCAGCCUGGAGACCGCAUCCUGGAGGUGAACGGGGUAGACAUGACAGGCCGUAGCCAGGAGGAACUCGUGGCCAUGCUGCGCAGCACCAAGCAGGGAGAGAGUGUGUGUGUGGUGGUGGCUCGGCAGGAGGACAUCUUCCUGCCUAGGGAACUGAAAGGUGAGGAAGCCAGCGGUAAGGUGAUGGAGGACGGCAGGGAGCAGCUAAUGUACGAGGUCCCCCUCAAUGAAAGUGGCUCAGCCGGCCUUGGGGUCAGCCUGAAGGGCAACAAGUCCAGGGAGACGGGAGAAGACCUGGGCAUCUUCAUCAAGUCCAUCAUCCAUGGAGGGGCUGCUUAUAAGGAUGGUCGUUUGAGUGUAAAUGACCAGCUGAUAGCGGUAAACGGCGAAUCGCUGGUCGGACGCUCCAACCAUGCAGCCAUGGAGACGCUGAGGCACUCUAUGUCUUCCGAGGGCAACGCCAGAGGCACCAUCCAGCUUGUAGUGCUCCGAGUCCCCAGACAGCAGAUGAGUAGUGCCAAUCCUGCCACAAGUAACUCUGCAAAUGUCACAGCCGCCCCUCAACCCAACCAUCAAACUGGCUCCAACAAUCAGGAGCCUUGGGGCUAUGAUGCUUACCAGGGGACUCCAGGACCUUCUAGACCCUCAAACACAGAGCCCACAACAAACGGUGGCCGUCACUCUCCUAUGCCGAAUAACAACUACGCAUACAGCGACUCUGGAAGUGCUCCGUAUCCCGCUGUGACCACCAAUGGCAGCUACGAUCACUACGGCAACGACGACGAGGACGGCUUCCCCCCGCCGCCUUCCCCCGGUGCUGUAGAGGAAAUGACUAGAGACUUAGCACUAACUCCACUCCCCAGCGAGUUUGAGAAGCAACCCAUGGCUGCACCUACCUACCCACCGAUGACACCCUCUGAGAGCCCACUGAUCAAACCCUCAGACAACACACCUCGCAACAGAGCGUCCAAGAGCAUGGACUUGGUGGCGGAUGAGAGCAACGUGGGAUCACUGGUGGGGCAGAGAGAUGAGCCUUCAGCUGAUGGAGCGCUGGGUCCCACACUGGGCCUCAAGAAGUCCAGCUCCCUGGAGAGCCUCCAGACAGCUGUGUCGGAGGCCAUGCAGAACCAGGUGCCCUUCCACCGGCCUCGGCCGCACAUGGUCCGGGGGCGGGGAUGCAACCAGAGUUUCAGGUUUGCGAUUGACAAGUCCUACGAUGGACCUUCUGAAGAUGACGACGACCUGUCAGAGCAGAGCUCCGGUCACGAAACACCGGCCAGCAGCUCGUCUCGCCAAGGCCUGGACGCAGAUGACGAAAAGAAGAAGAAGAAAACCAAAGGGAAGAAGAAAGACAAGAAGAGCAAAGGAAAGAAGAAAACAGAGGAUACUGCAGAUGAUAUGGAGAAGAAGACCAAAAAAAAAGGAUUUGGCCUCUUAAGGUUUGGGAAGAAGAAAGAAGACAAGAGCAAAGAUGCAGCUAAAGCAUCCAAAAGCAAGCAGCUGGAGGCCCUGAGUGAAGAGGAGCUGGACAGGAUCCCCGACACCAGAGACGGCAACGAUCCGCGUUACGCCGAAGUCCGCUCGGCCUCCCUCCCCGAUGUAGAAGACGACGACAGUGACCCCAACUAUGCCCGCAUCAAUAACUUCCGCCCACCGCCAUCGCCUCAGUCAUUCAUCAGUCGCACACCCUCCCCCGCAGCAGCAAAAAGGGUGACUAACCAGCUUCAGACCUCGACCGAGGAGCUGGACGGGCUCUACGCCAAGGUCAACAAGUCCAGACCCCCGCCUGCAGAAAGUGAUCAGCGUCUCCAGGGGGUGCGUAGGGAGUACCAGCAGGCCCGAGUGGUUCCAAGCUACGACGAGCUAGACACAGCACGACGCAGAGUCCUGGAGCACGACCCACACCGGACUGCGCCCAGAGGAGCUGAAUCUCGACCCCCACACCACUAUGAAGAUGUGGAUCGAGGGUACCCCACACAAUCCAGGAGGGAUCCAUAUGACUACCCCACUCACUCCAGAACUGCGCCAAGAGAGCCUGUCCCCUACCCCGGACCCUACCAUGACCAACCCGUCUCCAGCCACUCGGGCCGUGUGCCGCCCCACCAGCAAACUUCCAACAAGCCAGGCUACUACCCCUCAUCUCCCCACGCAGGGCAGCAGCACCGUGCAGCGUUAAGGCAGGACGUUCCACCUUCCCCCAACGCAGGCCACAGAGGGCGGCAGUACUACGAAGCCGGCGGAGGGCGAGUUGACGCCUACCGGCAGGCCAGCCCUGGCCGCUACAUCAGCCCAGAGAGGUACCCCGACGCCAGGGAGCGCUACACCAGCCCACAGCGCUACGGCUACGAAGAUGAAAGGCAGCCAAACCGAAGGCGGAAGAACCCCAUGAUAGGUGCUGUUUAAGGUGGUUGUAGUGAGUGACAGCCUGCUCUCAUCGUGCCCCAAAAAUGAUAUGAACUUGAGUCAUUCACACAAUGAGUAUAUAAAUAGCUCCAAAUUCAUGUAAACAUAAUAUCAGCUGUCAUCUAGACUGCCAGUGUGGAUAAAUAAGACUUUACCAUAUUGAUUUAUCUGAAAGAAAUAAGUGACAAGGCGAGAGGCUAAAACAGGGCUUAUUUUCAGAACCAUCUGUCUCCACGGGCCAAGACAGAUUUAACAAGAACUCAUGAGUGUGUUUAUAUAAUCAUGUUUGCAACUCCUCCUGUAUGUUAGCAAGCACAUCGGUGUAUAUAACAGGAUCUUAUUCUGACAUAGAUUUUAUAUUGUAGAAUUGAAAUUAAAUGAAGGGUAAUUAACUUAAUUACACAGACACAUAGAGGAAAUGUAGCACCAUAUGUUGUACAGAAUCACCUCUAUUCCAGCAAGCAAACUGGGCAUGAAGGCAGUGCUAUCUUGCAUUUUGCACAAGCUGAUCAAACUGAAGGAAAUAGAGGAACCACCUUGACCCCCGCCGGACUGCAAUAACACACGAGACACGGGAAGUCAACACCGACAAGCAGGAAAAGGAAACUCCCCUUCAAAGUGUCUUCUUGUCCUUGAUGUUUAGUCGCUCGGACUUCCUCCAUAUCCUGCGAUCACACUUUGGUAUAUUUUUUUGCGUUUUUACCUUUGAUUACUUAGCUGUGGAUGUGGCUGAUUUGAUAUUUGCGUAUGAGAUUAUUUGUUAUUUUUGUGGUGUUGAUAUUAAAGUCUCUAAAUUUUGAUCCACACUUAAACUACAGACUAUGAAAGAUGCCGUGUAACUUUUUAAACACUGUGCAGCUAAUGAAGAAAUAGUUUUAUCCUUUAACAUAUCAUUAAUACACGUCAUUGCACUGAAAACGUAUUAAUGUUU